GAGGAAGGUGAGAGCUUUAAACAGGUGUAUCCAAUCAGGUAACGCUGCACCUUCUUAUUUUCCUAGGAGAAAAGCACCAUGGCUGGUGCUCAGCAAACCAACAUGUCGCUGAUCUGAAAGGAUUUUAUUUUUAUUUAUUUUUUUUGCUUUUGCUGGGGUGGAUACAGCGACUUAAAAAACAACAACAAAAACAACAACAACAAUCUCCAAGAUCCUGCAGCAGUACCAGACAUGACUCUGCCUCCGUGCUCCAUGUGUGUGUUUCCUGUAGGACUUCAUCCUGUGGACUGAGCGUCCCAUCUUGCUGCAGCAGUAACAGUUAACAGUGAGGAGGAGGAGGAGGAGGAUGAGGAUGAUGAUGAAGUCUCUGCUGACCACACUCUCCCUGCUUCUCCUGCACCGGACGCUCUUGGUGAUCCAGGCAGAAUUUGUGGGACUCCCUAAAGACAACCCAAUACGCUCCCUGACAGAAAAGGAGACUGUCCUGCCCUGUCGCUUCCAGCCGAGUGACAGCAGCGUGGUUGUGGUGCAGGUUACCUGGUACAAGGAGAAACCCGACGCCUCCAAGGAACAGAUCAUCAUUGCACACCACGUGAACGGACAGACCGCAUUUGGCACGUGGUCUCAGCGGGCCCGAUUUAAGAGCAGUGAACCCACAAUGGAUUCAGCUCUGGUGAUCAUGAACACCGAGAUCUCAGAUGAGGGAAACUAUAUCUGCCGCAUCAGCACCUUCCCCUCCGGCAACUUUGACACGGAGAUUUCACUCGUCGUAUGGACCAUUCCCAUCUCCACCCUGGAUCCGGUGAUUCUGGAGGAGGGUCAGUCCUACCGUCAGGCAGCGGCCUGCCGGUCCAUAGCCCGUCCGCCUCCCCGCCUCUCGUGGGACACCGAUCUAAACGGGCAAUCCUCCAACCGCUCCAUGGCCAAUGGCGCCGUCUCCUCGCAGUACUCACUGCAUCCACUGAGGAACAUGAACGGCAAGAAGCUGGACUGUCUGGUGUGGCAUCCGACUUCCCCAGUCCCCCGCAGAAUCAGCAACAGACUGGUGGUGCACUUCCCACCUGAUUCAAAGGUGUCUGGCUUCAAAGGAGACUGGUACCAGGGUCAGGAGAAUGCUGCCCUGAGGUGUGUGAGUGAAGGAAACCCCAAACCACAGAGUUUCACCUGGAUCAGAAAAGGCUCAGAUCUGCCUGAAGGUGUGAUCCCUCAGCUGAACGGAACACUGCUCUUUGGGAGACCGCUGAGAAUGUCUGACAAAGGCACCUAUCAGUGUGUUGCAAAGAAUGAAGUAGGAGUAGGCACGGCAGAGUUGGAGGUUACUGUGAAAGACAAAGAGGAGCAGAGUGAGCACAUGUUAAUGCUCAUCGUGGGAGGCGUGGCCAGUGGACUGCUUGUCUUGAUGCUCAUCAUCGUCAUCUCAGUCACAUGUCAUCACAAACGCAAGAACCACAGACUGGAGAAGGAGCUGACUGAGAAAAAGGAGGAAAUUUCCAGUCUCUCCCGACAGGCAUCUAUCAGGAGAAUGAACUCUGUCAGCACGGAUGUUAGAGGAGCGACAGAGGAAAGCAUCCCUCUGAGAGUGGAAGGAACUCUGAGGACCAGCUUGUCUUCCUUGGGGGAUCUGGCACACUGCCGGGACAGCCGCUCUACUCUCUCGGGUGGGAGAGGUGGAGGAGGGGGAGCGUUUGACUACAUGGGCAGACCAGUCCUGAACAACAACUCACGCAGGGGUAGGGACAGGCCUCUGGACAGAGACGAGGAGAACAGAAUCCGAGUGGAGACAUAUGUGAGGAACAGUACAAUGUCUUUGCAGGAAACUCGAUUCCACCCUCCCCUCACUCCCACAUCCUUCCCAAUGGUCCAGUCCACUGAGAUCGUCAGGCAGCUCAAUGGCAACGCUGUCAUGCCGAUAGAUGGCGGUUCAAGGCCGGGGAGUGUCACCAAAAACCAUCAGCACCCUUCUCUGAGCUGCAACUAUCCUCCAGUAACAGACGAUGAGGAUGAGGUGGAUGAAGGUUUGGGUGGGCCUGCUAGCCAGGAGCAUCCAGACGACAGCGAAACCAACAGCUCGCAGGUGUCCGAGGCUCACAGUGCUCGGUAUCAGCAGGUUAAUGGCACAUUGAGACCAAAGCCCAGGCCAAGCCCGACCAUAAUGAGUCCCCAUGCCUCACUUAUUCACAAGGCUCAGAUUGUGUAGUGAACCACUGGAUAGUCACAUACAGAACAACAGAACUAACAGAUGUUAGUCUUGAGGAGGUCCAAUUCUGGACCAACAGAUUUCCACUGAACCAAGCUUUGUGAAACGUUUUGCUCAAAUAUCUUGCCCAUAACUUUUGGAGCAACUGGAGAAAAUGUAAAGUCAUCUCUCUUUUGGUAAGUCUAUAAUUAUUCAUAUGAUAUACAUUUACCUACACUCCUGCAACACCAAGCCAAAAUCACAGUGUUUUCUGCUAAAUGGACUGCUUCUACAGACUAUAAAUGGACUUGGACUAUGUAUAGCUUCUAUAGAGAUUUAUAUUAAAGUUAAAGCGUUGGAGCCACACAGUCUGGCGGGUUCCCGUUUCAUUCACUGCCAAACUAAACGGAGGAGCGAAGGAUCGAGCUGCCGACCAGCCCUUUAGAGAGGUGACUUGAGCUCCUGAUCAACAGGCGUUUCACUAUGUUCUGACUAAACAGUGAAUGCAGCUGACAUACCCUCCAGUCAGUAUGACAAAAACACUCAACGACAAUGGGAGGAGGAAAACCAGGAAAUGUCGGCGAAUCAGACGAGAACAUUGCAACACCUCUGCUGAGAGUGGACGCGUUUCUUCAGUACUAUGCACUACCUGGGCCGGAUAACGUCUCUUACACAACAUAGCUUGUAUCUGAUCCAAAAAAACUGGGUCACAUGCUCCUGCCACACCUGUAACAUGCAUAGCUGUGCCAUGUUUUCUCACUCUCCUUGUCACUUAGCUUUAUUCGCUAAGGUUAAAAAAAAUAAAAAAUAAAGAUAAACACUAAAAACAAGACAUCUCUCAUAUGUUUACAUUGUUCAUGAAUUAUUUUACAAAUAUGUUCAAACAAGUUGGAUGGCUGUUCCUUUUGUGCGACAAGGAAGUGUAAUAGAUUGACAUAAAGUUAAAAACAGCACAUCAUACACUUUCUCUGCUGCUGCGUUAUGAUAAAAACUAUAACAGUAUCUGCUUUUUGUUAACUAUGUGCAUGUACAAAAUAUAUAUAUGAUGUGUACAUACAGUAUGUGUGAUACAAACUUCUUUAAUGUUGAAACAACUGCAUGUUGAAAAACGAUUGUUUGCUUAAAAUCUAGAUUUGCUUGAAGUGAACGGAGAGAGCAAAUAAGUGAACAAACUGUACAGCACGUCUUCAAUGAUUUUCAAAAUAAAAGCGACAGUGAGGAAGGGCCCUUUAGCAAAAUAUUAUAUAGAUUUUCAUUUUUAAAUAAAUCAAUCUUAGUGCCAUAUAAAUGUGCCUUGAUAUUCUGAGUUCAAUAUAAGGCUAUCAAUUUUCGCUCAUAUAUAAAUGUAUUUUGUGUACAAGUCUAGGCUAUGAAAAUAUUCAAAACAUCUAAUUUUAAAACAUGUAGGGGUUAAGUCAUUUUAAGAUAUUUACAUUUGUGGAAAUAACAUUGGGGAUAAAUUUUAUGUUUGAAGAAAAAUUGCAAAAAUUUAUGUUAACGCCCAAAGAUUUUCAUAACCUCCACAGUACCUUUUCACCCCGCUAGACGUCACAGAUUAUUCUUAAAGAUCUCUGCUGUAUUGUAGCUAUGAUUUGUGAAUUUUUUUUAGUCUAAGAAUAUGCCUUUCAUGUUAAAUUUGACCUUUUCAGGUUUUUAGUAUUACAAAACAGAGCAUUGUGUGUUGGUUUUUUUGUUGUUGUUGUUGUUGUUUUCUUUUUUAAUACAGUUAAUUUUGUCUAUGUGUUUUGUGGUUGUAUCAUUGGGUUCUGUUACAGUUCUGGGAUGGGAUGCAAAUGUGCCAAAGGAAAGAUAUAAAAUAUGUUUUGCAUUUCUCUAAACAAAUAUGAAGUAUUAUUUGUCUUGAAAAUGAGUUGUGUCGAUCUCUGUAAAUAGUGCUGUCUGUGAGACAAAUGGCAAAAAAAGAAAAAGAAACGGUGGGCCACAAAAUUGUGCCAUGUUCGUAGCGUUCCACAGGUGAGGCUGGCAGAUGAAUAAAUGUAUAAUAUUCACUGGAGACUGUUUUGUGGCAAAGAGUGCCCCCUGUCGUGUUCUACUGGCUAGUGCAGAGGACUAAAUGAGUCAACGAGCUGCAACAACAUACAGUAUCUGUGGCAUUCUUCUUUCGUGAAAAAAAAAGACAUGUAUGUGGCCAUACAUGUAUAAAUGUGGCCAUGUACCUAGAUUUACACGGGGCUUUAGGAACACAUACAUAAAAGUAUUUGCUAUUCUGACAAACCUGUUUGCUGAUAAGCAUCUGGAAUUUGUGUCUCCGUGUCUAAAUAAGGAUGCAUUUUUCUUCUCGUUUGUCAUGGAUAUAUAUAAACCGUGAAACCUUCGAAAUCUUUUAACACCCGGGCAUAAU